AUGGCAGGUGCAAGAGCUAGUGGCAUGAACAAUGGAAGAAGCAUCCCAAGGAGGUUCUCUGGGCGUCCAAUUCCAAAGCGGGGACAAGUCAAAGUUGGAAUUGUUGUGGGCCUUGCAAACUCUGUUGCUUCCAUCUUCUCUCGCAACAGAGCCAGAGGCUCCGCUACACUUUCUCACCUCGCACACUAG